CCUGAUGGUGGCAGUAUUGCACCAACAGGUGAGUGUUCUGCCAUCAGGAAGAGGAAGAAGAAGAAAAGCAUCAUGACAGUGAUCCUGCAGAGCUUCAGGUGUGCAGCACGCAGGUUCUGGUCCUGUUCCAAGCUCUCCCACAGACUGCACCGGUCCCUCUGCUCUGGACCGUGCCUCACGGAUCGGUUUUAUGCACCGAAGAGGCUCCUCGGCAUUUCCUCCAGGUUUGGAUCCGUUUCUGACCCUCAGUUAUCAGAUAGAAACAGCAGCAUGUCGUCCAACGACACGAUGUCGCAGAGGAUGGUGUGGGUGGACUUGGAGUCAGGACUGACCCAGGCUGUUCGAGACAGUAAAAUCUCUCUGGAACAAGCAGAAUAUGAGUUCCUGUCUUUUGUUAGGCAACACACACCACCUGGACAGUGUCCUCUUGCUGGGAACUCUGUGCAUGCAGACAAGAGGUUUCUGGAUAAGCAUAUGUCACAGUUCAUGUACCACCUUCACUACAGAAUYAUUGAUGUGAGCACCAUUAAAGAGCUUUGCAGACGGUGGUUUCCAGAGGAAUAUGAAAAGAUGCCUCAGAAAAGUUCAACUCAUAGAGCCUUGGAGGACAUCCAGGAGAGCAUUAAAGAACUGCAGUUUUACAGAGCCAGCAUCUUCAAAGCAUCGAUGGAGGAGAAGAAGCGCAAAGUUGUAGAAAAAGCAGGCAACAACAUAAGUUAACUUAGAAGUGGAAAAACAUGCAGCAAGACUGCACUGAGUUGUUGUAUUUCACAGAAUAGAGUAAUUUAGACGUUAAAAGUGAGUGCAUUCAUUGGUUUAGUUUCUGCCUAUAUUUAGCUUCACAGCAACCUUUGAGUGUUCACGUCUAAGUUUAGUUGCAGGCUGCGUCAUUCAUAAAACAGUUUAUUUGAAAAAGAAAUUCUAAGAGUGAUGCAAAACAUUCUAAAGUAAACAUCACAGGUUUGAAGUUUUGUUUAUUAGGUAUGAUAACAGUACAUUGUAGCAAGGAGGAUGACACGUUUAAGAGUUUUAUAUGUUUUUGUAACAAAGCACACAAGGUUCUGUUGUUUUGUUUGUUCUUUUSACAGUGAUCUGCUGGUCGGUUGGGAUUACUUUCAUUACUUUUGUGGAAGACACAAUAAAAACAUUUGUCUUUAAUUUGAUCAUUGUUUAAAUUAAACGUAUGGGAUGUUCUGUAUAUUAA